AUGUACACCUCGAAGCUUUCCCUGUGGGCGCUGGCCGGAUCCCUUGCCGCCGUUGCAGGCAAGGGUCCAUUCCUGGAGUCCUUGAACGACGGCACUUGGGGUAUUGGUAACGAUUUCUGGAAUGUUACACAAGGUCCGGUCUACGCGACAAAGCUCUUCUGGCAGGGUGUCCCUGGCGCAGAUCUUGUCGGUUCCGCCGUAGGCCACUACACUGGUUAUGACGGGGAAUCCAACCUCCGUUACACCAACGCGACGAUUGCUGCACGUGGUACACACUUCAUCGACGUCAGCUUCACUGCGCCCGCUGGAGAUCUUCACUGGGUCAUCUUUGACGACCUCUCCGGCGCGUACCAGUAUUUUGUCAACCGUGCCCUGCCGAACAUCAGCAUUUUGCGAACACUCUGGCGGCUGGCGCCGGAGUACUUCACCCAUGGCCGCACUCAUCUCAAGGAUGAGCCCUUGCCGGAUUUCGAUCUGUAUGCAAAGUCGACCAAUGUCCAGGAUGAGACCUGGCAGCUUGCAGACGGGUCAUACAUCACCAAGUACGACUGGUCCAACGCCGUCAGAGACCGCGACUUCUAUGGUGUCUACGGAUCUCGUGUUGGUUCUUGGUGGAUUCACCCUUCCACCGAAUACUACAACAGUGACCAUCUCAGCCAGACACUCACCGUGCAUCGCGAGAGCAAGACCGGCGAUGCUGUUCAGCUGAACGUCGUGCAAGAUACGUCGCAUUUCCGUGUCGGUCAAAAGACAACUCAGCCCGUGGGUAAGGUCUGGGGUCCCUGGCUUUGGUACCUGAACAACGGAAGCAUCCCAGAUGUCCAGAAGAAGCGUGCCAAGGAGCUGAAGCACUUCCCCUACAAAUGGCUUGACGAUGCCGCCUACCACCAGAGGGGCGGCAUCGAGGGUACUCUGCUACUGUCCGACGGCCGCCCCGCAUCGAAGGCUGCCGUCUUCCUCGGUGACAGUGACACGUCAAUCCGUCCCUCGAUCCAAGGGACCAACUACUACUACACGACUUACACCAACGAUAAGGGACGCUUCUCCUUUGAUGACGUACGCACUGGCUCCUAUGGCCUUAUUGCGUACUCGAAUGGUAACAGACUGGCCGACGUGUACACCAACUUUACAAAGUCUGGCAUUACCGUAACUAAGGACAAGACCCUCAUCCUCGGUCGCCAGAAAUGGAACGUGGCGGAUCGCGCGAAGCGAAUCUUCCAAGUCGGCGAAUUUGAUAAGAAGGCCCUUGGCUUCAAAAACGGGGGCCUGCCUUACCAGCACGGCGUCACUGAGGACAGUCCUGCCAACCUUACAUUCGUCGUUGGCAAGUCAAAGACUUCGGACUGGUACUAUGCUUCAUCGGCCAUUGGAAAGUGGACCAUCGAGUUUGAAGUCUCGGCUGCGGAUAUCGCGACCAACAAGACAGCGAUACUGAGUGUGUCUCUGGCUGGUUACUCUCAGAGCGGAGCGCUCAACGUCGAUGUGAAUGGCCAGGACUACGGUACCUUGAGCAAGGACAACCUCACUAGCGAUCCGGCGCUUUACCGUUCUGGAAAGACAUCUGGAGAGUGGCGGUUCAUUCAAUACAGAGUUGAACCGGGUGUUCUGGUCGAAGGUGUGAACAAGGUGGGCUUCAGUGUGACGCGUUACACUAAGUGGAGGGGAUUCCUUUGGGACAGCAUCAUUCUCGAAUGGGAGUAG